AAAAACCAAUCAUAUACUAAACACUUACUUAUUCUUUAAUAUGAUUGGUCCUUGCCCUUAGUCUUUAUCACCUCCCCAUGCGACCGUAUGCUACCGGGCCACCGGGGCCGCAAUCUGCGAUCGGUCCGGAUCCGGAUCCGUAGUAGUGGAGAUCUGGAGAUCGCUUCGAUCACUUGACACUGGGUAAAACCGUGUGCGGUGGACGGUUCAAAACAGAUCGUACAGAAUCGGAAUGGGUGUCAUAUAAUCUUGUCCUAGCAAAUCUUGUUGAGUUCACUUGUGAUCUCGUGUCGCGUAAGAUCUCGUAUAAAGAACUCUUUAUUUCUCUUUCUCUCUCUUGUCGUAAAAUCAUAUUUGAGAAUCUAGCCAAAAUGCCUGUCUUCCAUACCAAGACUAUCGAGAGUAUUCUCGAGCCAGUAGCUCAGCAGGUAUCGAGACUUGUUAUCUUGCAUGAAGAAGCUGAAGAUGGAAAUGCAAUGCCUGACUUGGAAAGGCCUGUACAGGCUGUUAGUAUGGCUGUUACCAAUCUUGUGAAAGUUGGAAAAGAAACAAUAAAUUCAUCUGAUGAUGCUUUACUUAAGCAAGACAUGCCAACAGCAUUGCAACGUGUUGAAGGUGCUUCUCGUCUUCUGGAAGAAGCAUCGGCUAUGUUGAAAGAAGAUCCAUAUUCCGGACCUGCUAGAAAAAAGCUUAUAGAAGGCUCACGCGGCAUUUUACAAGGCACCAGUUCCUUACUUCUUUGUUUUGACGAAAGCGAGGUGCGAAAGAUCAUACGAGAAUGCAAACGUGUAUUAGAUUAUUUGGCUGUUACCGAAGUAAUCGAAACAAUGGAAGAUCUAGUACAUUUUCUUAAAAAUUUAAGUCCUUGCCUUAGCAAAGUAUCGAGAGAAGUGAGUGCUCGUGAAAAAGAAUUAACGCAUCAAGUACAUCGGGAGAUAUUGGUGCGCUGCUUAGAGCAGGUGAAAACUCUCGCUCCAAUUCUAAUUUGUUCCAUGAAGAUUUUUAUCCACAUUAUUUCUCAAGGUGGGAAGGGUGCAGAUGAGGCAGCAGAAAAUCGCAAUUAUUUAUCUGGGAGAAUGUCUGACGAGUUGAAUGAGAUUAUUCGAGUGUUACAAUUGACGACAUACGACGAAGAAGAAUGGGAUGCUGAUCAAUUAACUGUACUGAAGAAAGCUCAAAGCGCUAUAGAAUCUAGGAUACGAGCGGCUUACGAUUGGCUGGAUGACGGGUUGGCGCUAAGGGGUGGCGUUGGUGAGAAAAGUCUGCGCCAAAUAAUAGAACAAGCAUUACGUUUGGCGGAACGUUACUUGCCUCCGUCGCAAGCAGAACCCAUAUCUAAAUUGGCCUCUCAAAUUAUGACUAUGACUGACGCUCUUUGCGAAUUGCGUCAAAACGAAAAAGGCACUACACCCCAAGCGGAAGGCUUAGCACGCAGUAUUAAAGAGAAAUUGAAUGAACUCCGUGGCUUGAUAGCGACUGCUUUGGUAGCAGCCGAUAAAUCGGGAACUACACAAACGGCACACACGGUAGCAGGUCGACUAGAACAAGCGAAUAAAUGGCUUCUGAAUCCACAGAACGAUGACAAGGGACUCGGUAAAAGGGCUAUAGCUUUAAUAAUACACGAGGGAAAAAAGAAUGAGCAACCUAUAGCAAAUGUAGCCGAGGGCUUGCCAGGUAUACACAAAGCGGAGAUUUUACAAUUGUGCGACGAAGUAGAUAACUUGUCUCAUCAGCUCGCUGACCUCUGCGCCCAUGGCCAAGGCAACACCCCACGGGCUCAGGACAUUGCACGGCAGCUAUCUCACAAGCUCUACGAGUUAAAGAACAGAAUACAACAGGCUGUUGUGUCUCGCGUUGUCGAGGACUUUAUUGAUAUCACUACACCUUUAAAACAAUUUACGGACGCUGUUUUAACUCCCGUGGGCACGCCUGGACGGGAUCAAAACUUCAAUGACAAGACGUGCGUGCUGCAGACAUUUUCAAACAGAGCGGCGAAGACUGCUAGAAUGGUUGCAGCUGGCGGAAGUGGAGGAAAUAAGAAGUUAGCCGAAGCUUUAGCCGCUAGUGCUUCGCAAGUGGAAUCCUUGACACCGCAACUGAUCAAUGCCGGAAGAAUUCGUAUGACUUAUCCAGAUAGUAAAGCCGCGGAUGAGCAUUUCGAAAAUUUGCGGCAGCAGUACGCAGAGACGAUGCAACGGACACGAGCAUUGUGCGACGAGGCGACCAAUAGCGGCGAUUUUAUCAGAACGUCCGAAGAACAGAUGCAGAAGCAUACGUUUCUUUGCGAGGAAGCGAUUGCUAAAGCUCUACCGCAAAAGAUGGUCGAUAACACAGCGUCUAUCGCACGUCUUGCGAAUCGAGUCAUACUCGUAGCGAAACAAGAAAGUGACAACAGCGAAGAUCCUGCCUUUAUACAACGAGUAAAUCAUGCUACUGAUGUUCUUCAAAAUAGCGUUGCUCCAAUGGUUCAAGAUGCAAAACUGGUAGCAAUGAAUAUUCAUGAUAAUACUGCGGUAUCACGCUGGAGAGAAAAUAAUCGCGCAUUGUUAGCUAAUGUUGGACAAGUUCGUAAAGCUAUUAUAGUCCAGCCAGAUUUGGUGCCACCUCUAGAAAUGUCACAGUUACAUGUUAAUGAUGAUCAAUUACCAAUCCGAUAUAAUUAUUCUAAAAUUAAAGUAGAGAAUCCCGAUAUUUUGUAUCAAGAAUUGGCUUCUGACAACGAAUUAGACAAAUCGAUUCAUGACGGAGUUUACUAUAAUUAUAAUAUUGAUGAUGAAGUGGCACCACCUCGUCCACCUUUGCCUGGAAGCAAUAUCCCACCUCCGAGACCUCCACCUCCUGAGACAGAUGAUGAGGAAGAAAUGUUUAUGCAUGCUCCUCAACCUAAUCAACCAAUAAUGAUGGCUGCUCACGGCUUACAUCAAGAAGUACGACAAUGGUCUAGCAAGGACAAUGAAAUUAUCGCCGCAGCAAAGAAAAUGGCUAUUUUAAUGGCCAGACUAUCAGGACUAGUUAGAGGUGAAGGUGGUAACAAACGAGAUCUCAUUGCAUGUGCCAAAGCUAUUGCUGAAGCUUCUCAGGAAGUUACUCGUCUCGCUAAAGAACUCGCUAGGGAAUGUACUGAUAAACGCAUUCGAACGAAUCUUCUUCAAGUUUGUGAGCGUAUACCUACUAUUGGAACUCAAUUGAAGAUACUGUCUACAGUAAAAGCCACUAUGCUUGGCGCUCAAGAGAUACUUCCGACCUGGGAAGAGCUGAUGCUUUAUGGCACGGAAGAAGAUCAAGAAGCAACAGACAUGCUUGUCGGAAAUGCUCAAAACCUCAUGCAAAGCGUGAAAGAGACAGUACGUGCAGCGGAAUGUGCUAGCAUAAAGAUUCGUACGGCUUCCGGUAUGAAACUGCGCUGGGUACGUCGUCAACCGUGGUAUCAAUAUUAAAUACAAGAAAAAUGUAUCUUUUCUGAAAAGGAUGACAUAUACGA